AAUGUCAAAAGCAUUGUUUAUUUGAGAGGCAUCAAAGCCAGUCUUCAACAUUUCUCGAAAGACACGUCAGUGAAAGUAUUUUUCCAGAUUUAGUAGUAAACUACGUGUGUGGAAGUUGAAAAAUAAUAGGUUUUCUAGUGUUUUCGCGUAUAAAACGUAUAGGUUAUGUUGUAAAUUGUUUCUAGAAGUUAUCAUAUUAAGAAAUAAAAUGAACCGAUCCAUUCCAAUCGCAUUUUUCAUCAUUUCCGUGUUACAACUUUGCUUCGCACCACCUGUGACUCAGAACAAAGAUAAAGACAAGGAAAAGAGCGAAGAUGACAUGGGCGGUCUUGAGGACUACAUGGAGUACCACAGGUACUUACAAGAGGUCGUAAACGCCCUCGAAUCGGAUCCUCAGUUUCGGCAAAAAUUAGAAAAAGCCGAUGAAACAGACAUUAGAUCUGGAAAAAUAGCUGAAGAGUUAGAAUUCGUGUCGCAUCACGUCCGAAGCCGUUUGGAUGAAAUCAAAAGAGUGGAAUUGGUCAGACUGAAGGAGUUAACCGAGAAGAAGAGGCAGUUGCAGCAAAAUAUAGAUUUGGAGGAUCCCAGUCACAAGCAUUUGGAUCAUUCGAAUCCUCAUACUUUUGAAAUUGACGAUUUGAAGAAGCUUAUUGCUAAGACAACUGCUGAUUUGGCGGAAGCUGAUAAGAAGAGACGGGAGGAAUUCAAGGAGUAUGAGUUGCAGAAAGAGUUUGAAAAGCAAGCGAAACUCAACCAUACGAAUGGGGAAGAUAGGGAAAAACUAGAGAAAGAGUUUAAAGAACGUGAGGAGAAGCAUAAGAAGCAUGAAAAGUUGCACGAGCCGGGUCAUAAAGCCCAACUCGAAGAGGUCUGGAAGGAACAAGACCAGAUGCAGCAGGAGUUUGACCCCAAAACUUUCUUUAUGUUGCACGACAUUGACGGAAACGGACUAUGGGAUCAAGACGAAGUCAAAGCUUUGUUUGUCAAGGAGCUACAAAAAAUGUAUGCUGCCGGUGAACCUGAGGACGAUAUGAGGGAAAGAGCCGAGGAAAUGGAGAGAAUGCGCGAAAGCGUUUUCAGUGAGGUUGAUGUCAAUAGAGACGGUUUUAUAGACUAUGAGGAAUUUCUCGCACAGACGAAAAGAAACGACUUCCAGCAAGACCACGGAUGGCAAGGAUUGGAUGAGAGGAAACCUUACACUGAUGAAGAACUGGAAGAGUAUAUAAGACGGCACCAGGCGGCCAAUCAAAUUCCUCAUGGGUAUCCUCCUCAAGGAUACGCCCAGCACCCUCCUCCAGGAUACCACCCUAAUGUGGCUGUUCAUCCAAAUGGAGUUCCAGUGCACCCUCCACCACAGCAAUACCACCCGGGACAAGUACCACAGCAGCAGUUCCAUCCGGGCCAACUGUCACAACAACAUCCACAACAGCUUCAGGGGCAUCUACCUGAUUUGAACACAAAUGAGGUAUAUCCCCAACAAAGACAACAGCACUACCAACAGCCUCCACAACACUACCAACAACAACAGGUCCAAUAUCAACAGCAUCCGCAACAAGUGAACUAUCAACAGCAGCAGCAGCAACAUCCGCAACAAGUGAACUAUCAACAGCAACAAGCCAACUAUCAGCAGCAACACCCGCAGGCGGUUAAUCAACAAGUUCCGGUACAAAAUCAACAGCAACAACAGGUGCCGGUGCAGAAUCAACAACAGCAAGUUCCGGUACGAAAUCAACAGCAACAACAGGUGCCGGUGCAGAAUCAACAACAGCAAGUUCCGGUACAAAAUCAACAACAGCAAGUUCCGGUACAAAAUCAACAGCAACAAGUUCCACUUCAAAAUCAGCAACCACAACAAGUUCCUCUGCAAAAUCAACCUCAAGGUGUUCCACAAGUCCAAGGAAAUGUUCAACAGGGUGCACCACAAGCCAAUAAUCCGAAUUUAAAUAAUCCGCAGGCUAAUCAAGUUUAAUUCUGUUUAUGUGAUUCGAAUAUUUAUUUUGUUAUGGCGUAUCUUUUGUAUAAAUCCCAUUUAUUUCACAUACUUACAUAAAUGCUAUAUUUUUUGCAUGAUCAUGUAGAUAUGUAACUUUUGUCUCCAAAUAAAUUUUAUUUAAGGACA